AAACAGCUGAUGAUUGCGUCGGUUUUGUGAAUGGCAAAAAAUGUUUAUAACAUUUCACAACUAAGCGCGCGUAUAUUUUAUGAAUCUGGCAGCAAACAUUAUACAAUUUUGAAAGUCAUUUAUUGAAGCAAAAGACAGAUUGAUAUACUGUUUAUUUGUACAACAAAAAACUAAUAGAAAUGGAGCAAAAGCAACGCACGGCACAGAAGCAGGCAGACCUAGCCUCAGCCACCACAGCCGAUGUUUCGGAUGAAGAAGAGGAUGAUGGAGGACCACUGGACGUGCUUAAGCUGCAGGGCAGCAAUAUCAAUCCCAGAGAUAUUAAACUACUACAGCAGGCCAGUUUGCAUACAGUGGAAUCGGUGACAUAUGCGACACGUCGUCAGCUGCUAAAUAUCAAAGGUCUGGGCGAAUCCAAGGUGGAUCACAUUAUGAAGGAGGCGUCAAAACUUAUACCUUUAAGCUUUACCAGCGCACGCACCUUUCAUCAAAUGCGUUCCGAAGUUGUGAUGCUCACAACGGGCUCCAAAGAGCUGGAUAAACUGCUUGGCGGUGGCAUUGAGACGGGCUCUAUUACGGAAAUCUUUGGUGAAUUUCGUUGUGGCAAGACCCAGAUUUGUCAUACGCUAGCCGUAACCUGUCAGCUGCCUAUCAGCCAGAACGGGGGCGAAGGCAAAGCCUUGUACAUCGAUACCGAAGGCACAUUCCGGCCGGAACGCUUGUCGGCAAUUGCGCAGCGAUACAAUAUGGAUGAGGCAGCUGUCUUGGAUAAUGUGGCCUGUGCACGGGCUCACAAUACGGAUCAGCAGACGCAACUGGUUCAAAUGGCAGCAGGCAUGAUGUUUGAAUCGAGAUACGCCCUUAUCAUCGUGGACAGUGCAAUGGCGCUAUAUCGCUCCGAGUAUAUUGGACGCGGAGAAUUGGCUGCACGUCAAAAUCAUUUGGGUUUAUUUUUGCGCAUGCUGCAGCGCUUGGCCGAUGAAUUUGGCGUUGCGGUCGUCAUAACGAAUCAAGUGACAGCUCAAGUGGAUGGCGGGGCAUCAAUGUUUGUGGCCGAUGCAAAGAAACCAAUUGGUGGUCAUAUCAUGGCGCAUGCGUCGACGACGCGUCUAUAUCUGCGCAAGGGCAAGGGCGAUACGCGCAUCUGCAAGAUCUAUGAUUCGCCCUGUUUGCCUGAAUCGGAGGCCAUGUUUGCCAUAUUACCCGAGGGAAUUGGAGAUGUUAAGGAGAAAGAUUGAUAGUGCUUAAUAAAUGAUUUUUUGGUAUGCAUUUAUGAAG